AUGUGUGCUUCAAAAACAAUUUAUGCAGCACAAGAUCCAUCGAGUUUACAUUUACCUGUUGUUUCAAAAAAACCGCGACGACGUUUACGACAUUCUCCUACAUCAUCAUCAAUUAUAUCGGUACCAACUGCAAACGUACCAACGAAUGCAGCAGAAAAUGUUUCAGCAUUAAAAGCUAAAUAUACAGAUUAUGCAACAUGGUUAAAAGCAUCAUCAAGACAAAAUCGUGAACCAGUAUUUACACAUGAAUUAUUAAAACAUUCUUUAUGUCAAAUGGGUAUUGAUUCAACACAAGCUACACAACUUGUAUCAACAUGUACUUGGUAUGUUUAUCAAUUUCAAAAAGGAUUAGGUCCUGAAAAUGAACCACCACAUGAUCGUCCAACAACAACAGAAAUAAAAAAAACUCCUCUAUCAGCAAAAAUUCAAAGAAAUAAUAUAAUUAAAUCAAAAAAAAUUAUUCCAUCAAGAGAUCAUUCAUCAGAAUCAGAAACAACAUUUCAUUCAAUUAGCAAAGAAAAUAUUCUAACACAAGCAUCACGACCAGCAACAACACGUAAUAAAUAUUCGGUUUUACCAUCUAUUCAUCCUUCUGAUACUGCACUUUCACCACGUUCACGUCGCGUUGAUUUUGAUUAUGAACAAACGAACAUACAUUCGACCGGGAAACAAAAAACUUUACCACGACGAUCAGCUAUAGCUAAAACACGAAAUUUACCUAAACUUCGACCAACAGAAACUGAACCAACAGUAAUUAUCAAUGAUCAAAAUGAUAUUGUACCUGAAAGUACACCAAUUGAUACAGAUUUAUCAAAUUCACAUAAAAAUCUUCGCCGAAAUAGUAUAAUGAAUGGUCAAACUCGUUCAAUAUUACGUAAACAGCCUGGUACAACGUCUUCUAAUAUAUCAGCAGAUGUUCUAAGUCGAAAAUAUCGUCAAAGAGUAUCAACACCAACAUCAACAUUAAUUGAUGAAACACCAUUAGGAACGAAAUCACAACGUUUAUUUGGUGGUAGUGAAUUUUUCGCUCAAAUUAUGAAUGAACUUGAAGAACAAACUCUAUAUUAA